AUGUCACUGUCGCUUGUUGGAAUAGGCCCACAACCCUUCAUAGGCCCCAUAAUCCUCUUCUUUUUAUUUUUCUAUUUUUUAGUAUCUCUACGACAAGUCAAUCCUAUCCAACCUCCAAACAACUCAGUUUUAAGAGAUAUUAAAACUGAAAUAAUGCCAUUAUCUCCAGACUAUUUACAAUAUAAAAAUAAUACAAAAAAUUUAAAAAUGGAAGCAGUAAAUGAAGGGACUGAAAGAGGUGGAGGGGAAAGAGGAGGAGGACGGUGGAGACACGAUGAUAUUCCAAAGGAGAAGAUUAUUGGAAUUUUGGAAGCUGAAAAGGCUAAAAUACUGGAACAAGAAUCUAAUAAUUAUUUAAAUAGAGAAUUGGGGUUGUCUUCAAUUAAAAAUGGGGAUUUGGCAACAACAACAACACAUAGUUCAAGAAAAGGAAAAAGUGUUGGUAAUGUGGAUAAUGAAUAUUUGGUUUCGAAUAAGACUCGUCGUUCAAAAGAUACACUUUCUGAUCAUCAACAACGACCCUCAAAAUCAUUAUCCCCGUCCCGCAACUUUUUUGAUCCUCCAUUUGCCCCAACACAAACACAAAUCGACAAAUAUUCUUCCCAUCAACUCGAUAUAGAAGAUAUUGCUCGACGUAUGCGAGAAUUUAUGUCCAAGAAUGCAAUAAGUCAAAGUCAGAUUGGUGAUAAUGUUGUUGGGUUAUCACAGGCAAGCUUGCUUAAUAUUAUUAUAAGAUUUAUUCGUGUGAAUGGAAAAUAGUAUUUUAAUGAGCUGUAUCUUAAAAUUGAGGUAUCACAUGAGCUGCUCCCCCACCCUGUAGCCAAAUUAAUUUUAAAAAGGUUUCUUAAAUUGCCAUGUAUCUUUGUAUUGGGGUUAUCUUAUAAAUGAGGUUCGAAUCCGGGAUGUUUUAGGUUAAGGAGAAGGAGUGUUGGGGGUUCAAACUUUUUUUAGAUUGAGUUUAGGGUUGAGAAAACUUUCGGAGUUAGGAGUUCUGUUCCGAAAACGUUCGCAGUUCUGUUCCGACUUUGUUUCUCCUCUGG